AUGAAGAAAACAAAAAUAAGGCGCUUUAACAAUAUUAAACAUAUUGCAUAAUUAUAAAAUGUGAAAUAUUUUCUUAUGUUCUAGACUUGUAAAAAAAAAACCUAUCGUAUAUGACAUGACAACAACAACAAUGCAAAAGAAAAGUAAUGAAAAAAAAAACAAAGAAAACAAAAGAGAAAUGCAAAAAGAAAAACAUUAUUCUUGAGUCUUGGUUCGUUGUGCUAGGUUUUCAAUUUGUUUCCUUUGGCACACGAACGCUGCGUUUUAGAGAUACAACUAAACAAAAUCUUAUGCUGAGUAAAAUGAAAACAAAACACAAAAAAAAACCAUAAAUACAUUACAAUUACACUAAAUUAUAAAAAAUAAAUGAGAAUGAAUAUAUAUAAAAAAAAAAAAAAAAAGAAAAACAAAAUAUAAACGACUAUAAAAACACGACACAGGUUUAGUUGGUUGGGCGCAAAGGAAAUCAAUCAGAAAAGCGAUUCAAAUUCAACAAAAAAAAAAGAAAAGAAAACAAAAAAAUAAUGCAUAUAAUUUGAACGAAAGAGACACGAGGCAGUGUGAGGCAAAGAGAUCAAUCAACAACAAUAAAAACAACAUUUAAUAACAAAUACAUAUUUUCGUUGUGUGUUGCCCUCUCUCUCUCGUAGUGGUAUUUCGCUUAUAGCUGCCAGCUUGUGAGAGCAACCAGAAAAAGCUCGACCAAGCAGUUGAGCUUUUAACACUGCAGUACAACACCUUGCGAAUUGGAUUGCAGUUCCUCCGUUGCCGCUGCUCAAUGCAGUCGAGACACCUUACCUGAAAAACAAAUACAACACAAAAAUCAAUAAUUCGGACAAUUCAUAAAUUCGCAACUGCAUUUAUUAGCGAAAGACAACAAAUGCAAUGAAGUGGGAGAACUAUUGCGACUUUGUGGCUGGCUGUAUUGGCGGUGCUUGCGGCGUGUUGGUUGCCCAUCCACUCGACACAAUCAAGACCUGGCAACAGGCCUCAAACACAUCCGUCCUGACGGCCGUGCAACAGAUCUACACUCGCAACAAUGGGAUCAACGGUUUCUACAGAGGCAUGAUGUUUCCCAUGAUGUCAACGGGCGCCAUCAACUCCAUUCUCUUUGGCAUCUAUGGCAAUCAUCUGCGGCAACUGCGACGCGUUUGUCACAGCGAUUAUCAGCGAGAGCAGCUGGAGUAUCAUAACAUGUUCUUAGCCGGCUCGGUGGCCGGCUUUGUGCAAUCGUUUAUUGCCUGCCCCAUGGAACUGAUUAAGGUGCGACUGCAAACACAUUGUUACUACAAUGAUUACAUCUAUGGGAAGCGACGAACGGCCUUUGGCACGUUUAAACGGAUACUCAAGAAUGAUGGCAUCUCUGGUCUUUAUCGCGGACUUCUGCCCAUGAUGUGUCGCGAUGUCCUACCAUAUGGCAUCUAUAUGCUGGUUUAUCGUCAGGCAGCAGACUUUCUGGAUAACACGCAAUUUGUGCGCAAACGUCGAGCACAUCCCGAUGGUUCCAAUAUUAAUCUGGUGGUCACCACUUUCGCUGGCGCUUGGGCUGGUGUCUUGUCGUGGGUCUGUGUUAUUCCAUUCGAUGUGGUCAAGACUAUUAUGCAGGCAGAUGAGAAUCACAAGUUCCGCGGCAUUCUGCACUGUGUCCGUGUCAAUUUUCGAGCUUAUGGCUGGCAAAGUAUUUUUCGAGGCAGCUGGAUGUUGUUGGCGCGUGCGAUACCCUUUAAUGCGGCCACGUUUUUGGGCUAUGAGUAUUCACUGGAGCUGUGUCAUAAUUACUGAAAUGCCGUCAAAUCACUCAAAUAAAAGGUUUCAUUUUAAAUUUAUCUUCAGGCUUGAUUUUUG